CGAGAGGGAGCGAGCGUCGAGCGAUAUGUGGGCCUCUGGUUCUACUGUCUUCACGGCUGCUCGCUUCCUGGCCCCCGUCCGGAGGCCAAGGCACGGCUACCGCCGCACUCGAGCUGAGGUUUCCGCCCCCUCCUCCGGCCCCGCUCCGCACGCCGACAGCCGGAAGAAGGUGGUGGUCGUCGGCGCCGGCUGGGCCGGCCUCGCCUCCGCUCACCACCUCUGCAAGCAGGGAUUUGAUGUCACCCUCCUCGAAUCCGGAAGCGGCCCCGCUGAAGAAAUCGGCAUCAGAGGAUUUUGGCGUCCAUACCGUAACAUAUUCUCUGUUAUCGAUGAACUAGGAAUCCAGUGUUUUACCAAUUGGAUGAGUUCUGCCCUUUACUCCCCAGCAGGCAUGGAGGUCAAAUUUCCUGUAUUUCAAGAUCUUCCUUGGCUACCAACUCCCUUUGGAGCCCUAUUAUACCCAGAAUUUCUUAAUCUUCCCUUGGUGGACCGAUUAACUUCAGUUCCUCUUAUAUCUGCAGUUAUUGACUUUGACAACACUGAUACUGCUUGGAGAAGAUAUGACACAAUGACUUCAAGGGAACUUUUUAAACAAUAUGGGUGCUCAGAAAGGCUCUUCCAGGAGGUUUUCGAGCCAUUCCUUCAUGCUGGCUUGUUUGCUCCUGCAGAGCAAUGUAGUGCAGCUGCAUCCUUAGGAAUGCUUUAUUACUACAUUCUUUCUCAUCAGAAAAAUUUUGACGUUGCAUGGUGCCGUGGAGCUGUUGAAGAAAAAAUUUUGUUGCCAUGGCUCGAGUCAAUGAGAUUAAAUGGCUUAAAGUUUUGGGAAAACAAAAGGGUGACGGAUUUUAUCAUAAAUGAAGAUACUAGUUGCAUCUCUGGGCUAGUAUGCGGACAAGAAGUAUAUAAGGCUGAUGCAUUUGUCCUAGCAGUUGGUAUCUCCACUAUCCAGUCCACUAUUCUGAGCAGUCCUGUGCUACAAUCACGACAGGAAUUCCUAAGCGUUCUUAACCUGGCUGCCAUCGAUGUGAUCUCUGUUAAAUUAUGGUUCGAUAGGAAGGUCGAAGUUCCAAAUGCAGUCAACAUUUGCUUUGGAUCUGAUGAUUCAAUCAGCUGGACUUUCUUUGAUUUGAACUCAAUAUAUGAUGAAUAUCAAGAUGAGCUGGCAACAGUUUUGGAGGCUGAAAUUUAUUAUGCCAACCAGCUGUUGCCAUUAAAAGAUGAACAAAUUGUUAAAAAAGUGGUGGCAUAUCUUUCAGGUUGUGUGCAAGGAUUUAAAGAAGCCAUUGUCAUGCAGCAAAAUGUAGUCAGACAUGUCAAAUCUACUACUCACUUCUUUCCAGGUUCCUACAAGCACAUGCUGCGUGGCUCGACUACGUUUCCAAACUUGUUUAUGGCUGGAGACUGGAUAGUCACCCGACACGGAUCAUGGUCGAAGGAGAAAGCAUAUGUGACCGGAUUAGAAGCCGCAAACAGAGUGGUGGACUAUCUUGGGGAGGGAGAAUUUGCCAAGAUCAUAGCAGUCGAGGAGGAUGAACCUCACAUCCAAACACUACGUAGCCUCAACCGAAGAGUGAAUGAGAUAAGGACCCAGAUUCCCUCAUUUGAUUUCUUUCUCUAGUAGUAAGUAUCAAGAACUCAAGAAUAUUGACUGCUUAAGAUUCUACAAGUUAGAAAAGAUACUAGGAAAGAACAUAUUAUUGGUUGUUAUGACAUGUCUUGGACCAUGUCUUGUACCUCAGAAAUCACACCGAAAAGCCACAACAGUCGAGAAAAUAUAGUGCACCAUUUUUAUUGUAUGUGAUUGCAGUACACCAGAAGGUUGUGUAGAGAGAGCAUUCUGAAGCCACAGUAUUGGUGGUAAUUAAGAGAGAAGAUUGAUGAAAUUUGUGUCUUGAUACACAACACACUGUUGUUGAUGCAUAAAUCAGUGAAGAUUUCGUGUUUCACGUU